GCAGCAGCAGCAGCAGCCGCCCUCCCCCUCUGCAGCCUCUCCAGCAGUAUGCCCGACAUGCAAACGGAAGCAGGCGCUACCAUUUUGAAACGCAGCACCGCCUAGCGCCAUGGACAAGAGCAACACAGUGAAGCUCUUCGUGGGCAACCUGGCGUUGGACACCACCCAGGAGGAGCUGUCAGCCAUUUUCGAACCCUACGGCCAGGUGGUCAGCUGCAGCGUGCUGCGGCAGUUUGCCUUCGUCCACCUGCAGGGUGAGGGUGCCGCCGAGCGCGCCAUCCGGGAGCUCAAUGGACGGGAGUUUCGUGGACGAAAUUUGGUGGUGGAGGAGUCGAGGGGAAGGCCAUUGCACUCCACCAAGGUGUUUGUGGGUAAUCUGAGUGGAAUGUGCACCACUGAAGACCUGCAACAGCUGUUCCAGACAUUUGGAAAAGUUCUUGAAUGUGACAAAGUCAAAGCCAGGCAUUCCUCUUCUGCAGGCUAUGCCUUUGUCCACAUGGAAAACAAGGAAGAUGCACUCCAGGCCAUCGAGGCCCUGCACGGCACCUCGUUUAAAGGCCGCCCCCUGUCUGUAGAGCUGUCCAAGGUCCAGCCCAGCAAGCAGGCACCUACAGGAAAAAUCCCCUGUGUUAACUGUGGAAAGCAGGGCCACUAUGCUGGAGAAUGCCCCGUGGGGAAGCCUUCUCUGGAGCAGUACCAGAGUCAAGCAGCGGUUCUGGCUGCUGCCGCUGCUGCCGCCGCCGGCCUGCCACUACAGGUCCAGCAAAGUGUGCACAACUCUGUCUACAACACCUCCACCUUUGACCCGACAUAUGCUGCUCUCACUGGGAUCACUACAGGCACACGCACUGAUGGAAAUCCGGUCAAUCCAGCUGUUUAUGGUGCCCUUGCCAGCCAGGUGUAUGGUGCCAAUGUUGCCAAUCAGCUUUAUGGAACGAUGGCCAAUCAGGCAGCUCUUACAUCAGGUGCCACACACCAAAUGUACAGCUCUAUGACCCCUAACAUCUACGGCCAGAUGGCUGCAACUCCGGCCGCUGCAGCUGCUGCCGCUGCUGCCUACGCGACUCCGGUUUACACCCCAACUAUGGCCAACCCCCCUGUCUAUCUGACUGCUGCACAUGGAUUAGAAAUGCAAACAGCAGCGGCCGCAGUCAACCCUGCCUACACAGUAGCUCAAGCAAUUUAUGGUGCGGCCACACCAGCCUACGCUCAUAUAAGCGCCAUGGGAGCAGCGGACCAUACUGCAGCCAUCUUUGAGGCAGCCAGGCAGGCACAUUACUUUGCCCAGGGCCAGCAGGUUGUGGCUGAGCAGCACUCAGCGGCUGCUGCUGCCGCGGCUGCUGUGGCAAAAUCUGGUGAGAGGGACCGCAGUCCCCUACGGAGGUCGCUACCUCUCUUACCAGACCCAGUGAUGAAGCCGUUCAUGUACCAGAGAGCCAAACCACGCCGACCCCUGCUCCCCACACCAGCUGGCCGAGCAGCAGAAGAGGCAGCAGAGGCUGCAGAGGACCCCAUGGCCAGGUACUAUGCAGAGUACUACCAGCAGCUGCAGCAGUACCCCCAAUUCCAGUAUGCCUACCCACCACCAAGCACAGUGACAGCCAUCCCUGGAAUGCCGGGAGUGUCUGCAGUCCCUACAGUAUCCGCGAUGUCUGCCCAGUCAGUCGCCACGCUGGACGCCCUCAGGCCAGUGGUCCCCACCGCUGCGGCAGUGGCAGCCGCCAUGGCUGCGCCCAGGGUGUAUGAGCCGCCGUUGCCGCCGCCCACGCGCAAGGAGGCCAUCCUCCGCCGCCCCGAACUCUCCCUUCACACGCCUGAGCCCCCAUUCCGAUAGUCGCACACAACUCUCUGCCCCUACCCUUUCCUCUUUGCCCUGAACCCCCCCACACCCCUGUCUCCUUUUCCACCCCAAACCUUGACCACCUUACAGCAGCUGUAUGUGAGUGUGUGUGCAUCUGGGGGCUCUUAAGUGUGUGGGGUGGGGUUUGAAACUGGGGGGCUCCUUGGUUUAUUAACCUGCUUUACGAGGAUCAGCUGACCUUGGUCCUGUUUGUGCGCACACACAGUGCAGCCAUGAAAGGGAGGCUCCCAUCUGUUGCACGGGCAUUCUUUGUGCUUCUCAGUUUUACUUUUAAUUGUGCCAGUCUCACACUUGUGCCAGUAUUAGACUGACCCAGUCAGUCGUUUCAUAUGCCUUUAUUUCCGCAACCCAGUUAUGAUUUUCUACGGCCAAAUCUACGAUAAGACAUUGGUUUAUGAACCAGUCAUCAGCCAUCCUCCUUAGGCCUAGAUGAUCAGUUAGGGCAGCUAAUUUGAAACCUUUUUUGCCUUAUGUUGAAGAGUUUGAUUUGUAAUGUAAUCAGAUGGGAAGUCAGAUAGACACACAUUGUGUACUGGCUGCAUUGCACUGUGUCCAACAGUACCAAGGUUGACGUGUUUUAGGGGGUGUUUGUCUUGAAUGUGAUGUGGAUGUAGUAUGUGUGAAAGAGAGAGAGAUGUAUAUGAUGGCUCCUGACCAUGCAGCGCACAAACGCAGCAGCAGACUGCACCUUGCAGAAAGAAAAAAAAAAAAAACGUAAAGCACACAUAAUACGUACUGUAAUGUAUGUUUGGAUCUCUCCUUGACCCUCUUUCCCCCACCUGUACUCUAACUAACACUGGAAGACACUGCUUCACCUCUCUUUCUCUUUCUAACUACAGCUGCCUACCUCUUACUGUAAAUUUCAGUGUAGAGUCUAUUCUAUUAUACCAUAUUCCACACUUUUCACCCGGUCAGCAGUUAAUUUCCUGCUCCUCGUAAAAGGUACAGGGUCAGCAGUUUAGGGAGGGAGGAGCCGGUUUUUAGUGACAAUGACUUUUGUAGAUAUUCUGUCCUCAUACAUGUUCAGAGGCCUUUUUUUAAAAAUAGUGUUUUGUUUGUUUACGUGUAACACAAGUCAUCCUGGGAUGUAAUGAAUUGUAAAUCGAAAAAAACCCAUGUGUGACUACUGAAUGAGCUGUUUACAAAGGAUAUUUACACAUCAUCCUAUUGGGAAUCAUAUGUGACAAGCUCAAUUAUGUGCCUAUAAGCUUUGAGUGAAGUGCAUUAAGAGGAGGGACCCCCCCCAUUUUAAGUGCUUAUGACUUUUUAAUAAUUUCAACGGGGGGUAACAGGAGCCCUCCUGAGCUUAGUAUCCAGAAGGCGAGCAGUGAAGCUUUCUCGUGGACUUGUGUUAGAUUUGUUUCAUAUCAUAGGGUUUUUAAAAAGCCACAAACUGAGCCUGACAGGUUCAUAUUUAGCUGCUGGUUUUAAGCAGGAAUGAUAGUGAUAGCACCAAUGAAGUGAGAGAUGGGGCAGUGACUUCCAGUUGCCCCAGCUAUCCUACUUUUUUUCCAAAUACCAGACCUGCUUCAGAUUGUAAUUGCAAAAAAAAAGUUUAGUGUCUGUUUUUAUUCCAGUUAUUGGAUCUGAUAGGUGGGGUUUGCUACAUCAGGAAUAACAAAAGCUUGACUUUCAAGGACAGGUACCUUUUUUAUUUAAUUUUUUUUAUUCAUGAACUUGUCCUGAAUGGCAAAUCCCACCCAUUUGGUUCUGCAAUCACUUAAAACAAUCACUUGGGAGUUUUUUGCAACUACUAUCUGACAGCAGUCUGAUGCACACACAGACAUGCCCUCUGAAAUCACCUUACUGCCUCGCUGUCCCCCCCCCCCUCUCUCCCCUGUGUGGUUUUUAGUGGUUAAGUGACUUUUGCAUCUCACAGUGUAAUCUUUCUGUGUUGUAUAUACAAACACAUACCAGUUGCAUCCUUUGUAGAAUUAUGUGGUUUGCGAAAUGUCUUGUUUGCCAUGUUUGAGACGUUAUUUUUUAGAGAGGUAUUUUAAUUUUUGCCUUUUUUUUUUUUUAGGAAAAGACAAAAAAAAUCAAAAAACAAAAUCAGCAUGCUUUUUAAUUGAAAAAUAUGUAUACUAUAAUCAUUAUUAUAAUAAAGAAUGUUUGGCUUACUACUGUGGUAAAAGAAAGCAAAGGGUUUGGACAUUUCCCCUUCUUGUUUAUGUUGUUCUUCUCCACUAUCUGUUUCUCUUGUGUAAAAUGACCACCAGACCCAUUUGACUGGGGACCCAGUGGGAGACAGGUGUAGAUGCUGGCCCAGCUUUGCUCUCUUUGGUCAGGGUAAGUGCGGGUUGGUGCUCCUUUCUCUCUCCAGCCUCUCAAACUGGGUGCAAACCAAAAUUUCUGUGAAGUGGUUUGCACUUGACCAAAUGCACUUCAGUAUUUCAUUUUGGCAAGAAAGGCUUGGUAUGGUCUUUGUAAAGUGAUUUUCCUGCAGAGAGGAUAUUAUACCCACUCUGAAAUCAUGUUGAGAGCUGGGGAGAGGCACACAGAUAGAAUGGCCUGGGUGCAUUUUGAUCUGUGGAGCAGUCCUGUUCCUGGGGUUGAUGGGUGUGCGUCUGGUCUGGUCUCUUCCUGCUGCACCAAAUUCUCCCCCUCCGUGUGUCUCUGUGUCCACUCUACUCUCAGACCUGCAUGUGUGAUAAUCUGUAACUCUGCCGCAAAAAAAAAAGCCCCGCGACAGUCCAGCUCUGAACUAACUAUCUCAACUGAAUUAGGUCACCGUGCCACCUGGAACGGCCAGCGUGCAGCCGUGCGUGAGCGUGGCGGCGUGAGCCAUGGGGACAACUUUUAAGCGCGAUGCCACCGCAGUUGGGACUUGUUCUCUCUCUCUUCACCACCAAGGUAAAUAAAAAAAAAUAAAAAAAUAAAAAACCGAAGCAAAAGCACUGACCUCUCCUCUCCCCACCUGCCGCCCCUCCUUUGACUGUGCCUUGACCAAACACCCCCCCCCCCAUCACCACCUGUCCCCCUCUCCAACCCCGUAACUCCUCCUCAGCUGCAAUGGCAGUGCAAUCGGUGGGGGGGGGGCGGUGGUGUGGGGCUAAGACCCCUUCCACAAGACUCAAGAGUCCUGUCUCGCAUCAGCAUAUAAGGCGACUGACUGUGCCCUCUGUGUCCUUCGUGUGUGUGUGUGUGUGUGAGUGAAAGAGAGGAUGAGUGAGUGAAUAACAGAGAGAGAGUAUGGAUGUCUAAAGAUCUUUUUGGGUGGUGUUUUAUUGAUUGGUGAGGCUUGGCACAUGCGGACACACCCUUUCCCUUCCCGCUAGUCAACUCCUCUCCACCGCCGUAUUCGCCGCCCUUACCCCCACCACUGCCCCCCACCCUCUCUUCCUCCCCCUCCCUCUUUCCUCGUCCUCAACCCCACCCUACUGUCCCUAUGCGCCUCUCCUCCGCCGUUCACACAUACACAGCGCUUUUUUAUUCCGCCGCCACCGCCGUCGCCACCUUGGAUCUGGGUUCGUGGCUCUGGCUCGGACUCAACUUCCCAGAACCACCCACCUGACCUUACCUCCCCAUCCUCCUUACCAUAGAGGCCUGGGCGUGCCAAUGGACAGUGUAUGUGUGGUGGCCUGCCACCGGAACAUGACACAGAGAGACUUCAAUGUUGGACAAGCCGCUUUGCUAAAACUGUUGAAUGCUGGGUUUGCUCCACAUGGCUGUGGAAGGGAUCUUAACUCCUGUUUCCCCAAACUAACUUAGCUCCAUUACAUCUUAAGUGACAAAUCACCUCAAACUAUGGAACCUCAAACAAUUCUUACCUUUAGGUCCCUCACAGCCUGUGUGCCAAUCAGAAACGUCCUAUAAGAUAGGCCUAGGUAUGAGGCCAGUCUGACCUGUAGAUUCUCAUCAAUCUCAGGGUUCCUAUAGGACUUUUCUGGCAUGGCAGCUCUAUUUCUGUAAUACUGUGAUCAGCUGGACUGGCUGGAUAUGCGCUCUUAAGUGACUUGUAUGUGUUUUUACCUGUAAAGAGUGUCCAUGUGCCGAGAUAGAGAGCUUAACCCUCACACAUGAUCCCACACUUGUGGACGUUUAGUAUGUCAAAUGAGUUGUCUGGCAUUUGCUCUGACAGCUGCAAGAUGGAGUCGAGACAAAGAGGGCGUUGCCUUCUGUCUGCCUAGCAAACAAAGGAAAGGGAAGGCGAAGGAGUGGAAUGAAUAGUUGAUUAUAAGGUGAGUUGGUAGUGGAAGGAUCCUCUUUCCGAAGCUGCUCCCUAACCUCACCUUCCUGAUCUUGUAGGACCCUGUUGUUGCCUGUCAUAGUAUAUACAGUAUCUCACGAAAGUGAGUACACUCCAGACAUUUUUGUAAAUAUUUGAUUAUAUCUUUUCAUGUGACAACACUGAAGAAAUGGCACUUCGGUACAAUGUAAUGUAGUGAGUGUACAGCUUGUAUAACAGUGUAAAUUUGCUGUCCCCUCAAAAUAACACAUCACACAGCCAGUGUCACAUGAAAAGAUAUAAUCAAAUAUUUAUAAAAAUGUGAGGGGUGUACUCACUUUUGUGAGAUACUGUAUAUACUGGCCAUAAUCUUAUUCUAAAAGGGGCCAUCUUUACACUGGAGAUUUAAUUAUCCGUAGUGUAUCCUGAUAAUGCAGCUUUGACUCUCAGGAGUCAAUUUCUGAGUUUACUAGUGCAGAAUUCCACGAAAACUGAUGUUGCAUUUCCAGACACUGUGUGUUCCCGAGAUAAAUGAAAAUGUAAUCCCUUCAAAUAACUGUACACGUAGUCAGGAAAAACAAUGCAACAACAAGUCAAUUUCAUUAGAAUUACCCUGAAAAAAAUGCAGCUUUCGAAUGAGUAGAUCAAGGGCUGGCGCUCUUCCCCCGGCCUCCAUGAUCAGGGCGUGUGGUGCUCCAAUUUUUUAUCCUCCACUUUCCCAGCUCCUCACUAAAGGCUUCUUUGGGUGCUUGCGAGUCUGGGCUUCCCGUGCUUGGGUGAAUGCAGCCAUGCAUCUUUAACCCCACCCUGCUCUGAAUUUACAGUCACGCUGUACUGACAGCCAAAGCUCACUGCAGCCUCCUCCCAACCCCCCCCCCCCCCCCCCCCCCCCCCGCCUUCUGUGGUUUGGACGGCUGAAGAACUAUAAUCCAGAUGCUCUGUGUGCACUGUGUUGUGUUGUUUUGAUGGGAUCCUACAGGUUACAUCUGUUCUCCUGCAGCAGGUUUUCAGCUGAGCAUGUGCAAGUGUGUGUGCGCGUGUGCAUCUGGAACACAUUCCGGUUUGUUUGAGCCCAUUGACCGUAUUGCCUUUUUGAGUUUGUUCACAUUCAGUAACCUUGACUAUUCUCUGUGCUCCUCUAGCACAGAUGUGGAUUACAUAUCAGACUCAACUGCUGCUCAUUUGUUCUUCAGAUAAAGAUGCUAGGGUCAUACCUCAGCCCUUACCUCAUCUACAGGUAAUGGACACAACAUGAACACCAGCAGAAUCUAAUGUAGUUCAAUACAAUAUCCCUACAUUUAUUAAGAAACAAUGUUUAGUAUCUGUUGAGAAUUGGUGGUAUAAUAAUGAUUCAUUCUUAAUGCUGCAGGGUGUCUUGGCGUGCAUUACAUUGUAAGGUGUUCAUUUUAUUUCGUCCAUUUCCUGUCAGUCUUUUUCCGUGGUCCAAGUUCAUAUUGAAACUCACAUAGUUUCAUGAUGUUUACAGUCAUCAACCCUUUCCGAUUCCCUCAGCUCAGUAGUAGCACGGUAAUGUACCCAAUGGUAACCCCAAAUAGUCGCACAGUAGCUAAGCUUCUUCAAGUAGGUUAAUGGACCAAGCCCAGUGUAGUUACAUGUCAAUGUCUGAUUAAUUAGAAUAUAAAUCAUUCUAGUUUCCAAAGAUACAUCAGGGAUGACGGAAUAAUGUGUCACCUCGAGAGGAUAGCAAUCUGGAUCUGCUCAUUUCAAGGAAAUUUGUUCCAGCACAAAUUCAAAUGGGAUGGGGGGGGGGGGGUGAUGAAUGUCAUAUGAAAUCGUUGAAUCAACCUGUUUACUGUGAAUGAUGACAAAUACUGAUAUAAACAUUAAUUAUACUGUAAGGUUGUGUAUGCAUAUAGAUGCCUUUUUAAUCUGUAUUUCUGAAUACGUUCUGAGGCAUUUUUCAGUCUGCAUGCAAAUCAUGAAUAAAUUUAUUUUUUUCUUGUAAAA